AAAAUCAGCAAAUGAUUCAUCAUCAUGGUAUCCAGGCAAAUACAGAUAUGUUGAUUACUGGGCCGAGAGUAUUCUCCAUUUUACAAUGAGAGAUGAACAAACAGCAAUUUAUACAACUGGAGGUGGAGAAGGGCCUUUUCAUAAAUAUUUAAGUGGAGUUGAUGGUUUGAAAAUUGUGAUGAAAUCGUCUUCUAAUGGAUCUUCGGGAGAAAAGAUUCCGUCAACAAGUUGUUUUCAACAAGAGGAAUAUAUUCCAUAUCUACAAUUGGAACAAGAAGGAGGAUUUGAUAAUAGAAAUUCCAAUCAAAAAGUACCAUCUGAUCAAUUACCUUCUCAACUCAUCAUUCCACUCAGAUUCCAUGAUGAAGGGUUGAAAAAUUUUACAUUCAUGUUACGUAGAAUUUCUAGUGUGAAACAAUUUCUUGUUUCUUCUUUUUUGGCUCCUAAUGUUGAAUCAUUGUUUGGAAAUUUGGAAAAAAAGAAUGAGAUUGUUAGAAAAAUUAUGAAUGCUCCUUUGGAUAUUAGAGCUCAUGUUUAUCCGGAUACAACUUUUUCAAUGUGUUUGAAGAUGGCUCUCGAUUCAUAUAUUAUUCAACAUGAAUUGAGAUUACCAACAGUUAUUGAUAAUUCACCAUCAAGUCUAUCAGCAGCAGUACCAAGAGGUUGGAUUAAUGAAACUCUUCUUUCUAUCAAGUCAAAUAGAGCACAUACAGAUAUUUUCCAAUCGUUUUCUCCAAUUCAAUCUCAAACAUUGUUAUCAGGACUUUUUAGAGCUUACCAAACAAAGAACAUUGCAGUGGAUGUAGGUGGAUGUAUUCUUGCUUGUGAUUACAUGCCAGGAAAUUUGGCCUAUGCUGCUAGAUUUGGAAUUGUUUCACCACUCUCACAGAAAAAGACAACUGUUGUUUUCAAUGGUGAUCUUUUGGGGCAUAUGCACCUUUCCUACACAACCCAAAUCUCAAGAAUUUAUGGUUUGGCUGCUAGUGCUCAACUUCGUUACAACAGUACACAAACUCAAACAGAAAUGGCUGUUGGUAUUGAAUGUGUUUCUCCACCAGGAGCUGAAGAUUAUGCUACCAAAUUCAGAGUUGAUACUGAAAAGGGAAUUGCAGCCCUCAUUGAAAAGAGAAAAUUCUGGAAUAAUGACAAGCUCAAUGUUGGUGUUACUAUUGCUAAGAAUUUCUCUGGGGCUAGUUCUUUGUCUGGAUUGAAAUUGGGCUUGAAUCUUCAAAUAGAAUAUUAAAAGUUAGAAGCAAUAGGAUGUGGCUAUCACAUUUAGGAUUAUUUCAGUAAAAAAUAAAUUGUAUUGUUU